CACAACUUGCAAGAAAGCAGUAUGAACAAAUGAGAAGGGAAGCCGCCUCAAUCCGUAUACAGAAACACCAACGUGCUCACAUGGCAAGAAAGUCUUACACAACAUUGAAGGCAUCUGCAAUUGUCAUUCAAACUGGAUUAAGAGCAAUGGCGGCCCGAAAUGAGUUCAGGUUUAGGAGAAGAACCAAGGCUGCAACCAUUGUUCAGACACGGUGGCGAAGAUUCCAAGCUCUUAACUCUUAUAAACAACAGAAGAAAGCGACUCUCGCACUUCAAUGUCUAUGGAGAGCAAAGGUAGCAAGGAAGGAACUUAGAAAGCUGAAGAUGGCUGCAAGAGAAACUGGCGCGCUCAAGGAAGCGAAGGACAAGUUGGAGAAGCGUGUCGAAGAGCUUACAUGGAGACUAGAUUUUGAGAAGCACUUGAGGAUUGACCUUGAAGAGGCUAAAGGGCAAGAAAUCUCGAAGCUACAAAAUGCUUUAAACGAAAUGCAAGAGAAGUUAGACGAAGCGCACGCCGCGGUCAUUCAAGAGAGAGAAGCGGCAAAGUUAGCUAUUGAAGAAGCUCCACCGGUCAUCAAAGAGGUGCCAGUUGUGGAUGAAACAAAGCUAGAAAUCCUAAGAAAUCACAAUGAAGAACUAGAGGGUGAAUUGAGUGAGUUGAAGAAGAAGAUGGAGGAAUUUGAAGAAAAGUAUUCUCAAGUCGAGAAAGAGAGCGAAAUAAGGCUUAAAGAGGCGGAAGAAGUGCGGUUGAAGACAAUGCAGCUUCAAGAGACAAUAGAAAG